GUGGGCGCCGUUCUCCCGCCGCUCGCUAUCGGCCCCACGGGCCCCGCGCCGCGCUCAGGAUGCCGCUGGGGCUGAAGCCCACCUGCAGCGUGUGCCGCAGCACGUCCUCCUCCAUGUGGAAGAAGGGCGGGCAGGGCGAGAUUCUGUGCAACAACUGCACGGCCCGCUCGGCGCCGCCCCCGCCCGCCGCCUUCGCCACCACCUCGGCAGCCGCCCAGCACAGCAACGGCGGAGGAGGAGGAGGAGGAGGAGGCGGGGGUGGGAAGCAGAGCAAGCAGGAGAUCCACCGCCGCUCGGCGCGGCUCAGGAACACCAAGUACAAGUCGGCGCCCGCCGCGGAGAAGAAGGUUUCCACGAAGGGCAAGGGCAGGAGGCACAUCUUCAAGCUGAAAAACCCCAUCAAGGCUCCUGAGUCUGUAUCCACUAUAAUAACAGCAGAAUCAAUCUUUCAUAAGGGUGUGUACUAUCAAAUUGGAGAUGUUGUUUCRGUGGUUGAUGAGCAGGAUGGAAGAACAUACUAUGCUCAGAUCCGUGGGUUUAUUCAGGACCAAUACUGUGAAAAGAGUGCUGCACUAACCUGGCUCAUUCCUACACAAGCCAGCCCCAAAGACUGUUUUGACCCAGCAUCCUAUAUCAUAGGACCAGAAGAAGAUCUCCCAAGGAAAAUGGAAUAUUUGGAAUUUGUUUGUCAUGCACCUUCAGAAUAUUUCAAAUCUCGAUCAUCUCCCUUCCCUACCGUUCCUACAAGGCCAGAGAAAGGCUAUAUAUGGACACAUGUGGGACCCACUCCUGCGAUCUCCAUUAAAGAAACUGUUGCAAAUAAUUUAUAAUUUUUUAAGGAAUACUGUGGACUAGUUAUUUUGGGUGUAUCCUCCAGUUUGUAAAUCCUAUUCAAGAAAUUUUAAAAAUUAUAAAAUGAGCCGGUUUACUUUACAGAUUAUGAAGUUUUCAUUCCAAUUGAUGCAUCGUUUCAUUGCUCAGUUCUUCAGACGUUAUUGCUCAUCUUGGGACAAAACUAAAGUGUCUUGCCAUCUUUGACUUCUGAAAGCUGCCUUUAGUGUUCACUCAUACUUUUUAAGUUGCCUUUAGUGUUCCUUCAUACUUUUUAAGUUAUUUUCCAGCAGAGACAUAAUAAUCCAGCACUUUAUGUAACUGUUUAAUUUAAUUAACUGUGACUAUUGUUUUUUAUUUACUUGUUAAAUAAUUUAAGACUAACUUCACAUAAACACUGAAAUGGUCAGUGAUGCYGUUAACAGUUUUCUGUUACAUCUAGAGGAGUGAUCUGUCUGGAUUUCUCCAGGCUAAAACCUCAACCUCAAGGAAGGCCUCAAUUUAACCUUUUAAAGGAAUUUUGUUCAUCUGAAUCUGAAACGKGGGCCUAUGUAUGUAGCUUUCUGCUAAACUUUACUUAUAUAAGGGCAUAAAUUUCUUUAAAAUAUGGAUGCAAAUUUAAAAAUUAWUGUUAUUUGUUGUCCUGGCAUCCUCAAGGCAGAAAUAUAUCUGCAUUUCCUGAGCAAGCCAACACUGACAUUAAGAUUUGAGUUUCCGAUUGUUAAUAUUUGUGUGCCGCUUAGCAUGCUCUCUAAAAAGCGAUUUCUAAUUGUUUUUUCAAUCUUAGCAAUUAGUGAUGGUAAAAAAAAAAUGGUCAAGCAAUUCAAAUAAAAAAACCCAAACAUUUGGUAAGGGAAAUAAAAAUUAUGUAUUGACAGCAUAACAAAGAAAAUAUUUAAAUAGCAGGAUGGGAGAAAUGCUACAUACUAAAAAUAUCAAUAAAGUUCUCUGCCCUAAACGUUUUACAAGCCAGCCAGCUCCAAACACUAUGAGAUGUGUUUAGAUGGCUUGAAUUUCCAGGGCAUAGUCGCUCCUGCUGCCUGUGAGGAUAAGAGCUAUAAGUGGCCUUAAAUUUAAAUGUACAGAUCUUUUCAGCUGUUUUUUUUUUGUAUGAACAUAUAUGACCAUAGAACAYGGAAGCCCGAAUCACCUUUAAGAUAUUGUAUGAAAAUAAGCUUAUCUUGUAGCAUUAUGAAAGGCUGUGAUUUAACGUGUAACAUCUUUGAAAGUUUCAGGUAUUGACAGCUUUUAAUACAGUGSGGCCUGUGAGGGCAGGAACCAAAUAUAUUUGUUUUGGUCUGUUCUGCCUCUGUUCUGCCYUCUUCAAAUACAAGGAAGAACGGUCAGCCUUAAGGGAGUAGAUGCUAAAGUUAAAGGAUACUGUCAAUAAUUCAAAAUGCUCAGAAAUUAGCUUCACAUUGCCAAUACAGAGUUAAAUGUUAAUCCUCAGUUGUUUACUAAGAUGAGAUGUGUGCUCAUGUUCAGUGUGUUGCAGUAAUUAAUUCCAAGGUGACCUCAACUUCUCUUCAGUCUCUCCUUUCUAUUCCUCUGGAUUUUUUUUUCUGGUUUCUUUAUUAACAACUACAAGAAAAUAAAAAUAACAAGYCUUAUAUUUGUAAUAACAAGAGUGACUCCAUUGAUUCAAAUGUUUUCCUUCCUUUCUCUGCAGUCCACGAGGUUUUCACCUGGAAGCACUGUGAUGUCCCUGUGCUGCUUUGGCAUAAUCCAUGGACCUCUGCCCAUCUGUGGGCUGUUUUACCUUCCCUGAAUUACCAAGGUUGGAAAAGUCCUUUAUGGUCRUUGAGUCCAAUGAAGUUUAGCUGCUUUCCUUGUCAAAUCCUCAUAGAAAUAAGGAGAAAAACAUKGUUUUGCUUUUUUGAUUUCCUAUAAAUUAUGCCAGAUGAAAAGUACUUGCUUGCCAUUUGCCUUACUUGUCAAUAAAUUGUAAUAUAAAAGGGACAAUUCAUUUCUCACCAGCAUACACCUUUCUAAAAUUUAGUGCUGCUGGUGAUUCAAGUAUUAUACUUCCAACUACAGUCUAAACAGACAAAAAUAUCUUUUUUCAGAGUUCUAUUAGUAAAUACUAAGUAUUUUUAUUAUAGUCUUACACRGGGAAAUGUUAAUAAUACAAAUGAGCAAGAAUUCUGAUGGUAAGUUCUCAAAACAGAGUGGAUACGCAGGCAGUGACUGUUAUUAAAGUGUUACAACUUUAUUUAUAGGUAUUUGAAUGGUUGCACUGUCAUGUGUUUCUUGUGUUCACAACAUCACCCAGAAACAAGAAAAAUGACUGACUCUCCAGACAGCUUCUUGUGGAUGGACAUAGCUGAAGAAUGGGACCUCCAAGAGCAGUGUCUCUCUGAAAAUUCCUCAUCUCUCAUAUUGGGAAAAUGACGGACUAAAGGAAGACCUAAAAAAUGGACUCAACAGCAGAAGGGAUAUCAGAGGAUCCCAUGGGGACAGGCUUUGAUGCCCUGCAACUGAGCUCAUUUCUGUUUUCUAAUUUGGUAAUCCCCCAUGGCAAAAUGUGGGUAGGUUUCAUCCUUGCGUCACUGGACUGGGAGUGGAUAUACUACUGCUGAAUUUAUGACUUUGUGUUAAGCUUCAKACCUUUGUGACCAGCCAACAGUCAUUUUCUUUAAGGCGUUUUAGUUCUAAAGGUGGAACGUGCAUCCAAGAGCUGARAGCCACAGAGCAUGUAUAAUAUACWGAGGAACACAUAGAACAUGUGGCCUGUGUCCCAAGGCACAAAUUGCAGGUGGGAGGAGUAGCCCUUCCCCUAUACUUUACAGUACCAAAAGAGUACAUACUAGAGAAGAGUGUAUUUGGAUAAUGGCUCUGUUAGGAGCAGAAUGCUGCUCUCUGGGAAAACGUGAUGCAAAUACAAUGGAUARAUAAAUGUGUGGUGCCUUGGGCUCCUUCUGGAAUGAGUCUGGGGUUCCCCUCUUGCUGCAGUGCUGUGCCACAUGACAGUCAUCUCAGUCAUCCUGACAGAGCCCCCAGAGCUGGCCUUGCAUAUCCACUCUCUUUUGAGAACUUACCAUCCAAACCAAUUCAAAAGCUUUGCUUUGUUUUAAUGCAGCCYUCAACUUUAAAAUGAAUAUUAUACAAGAAGCGAAGAGUAUGUUCAUUAUUGUUAGUAGUAUAUUGUAUAUUAUGAUUAAUAAAGGCCUUAAAUGGUCUUACAGAACUGAGAACAAAAAUAUUAAUAGAUGUAAUAUUGAAGUUUCAACUGCUCU